AUGCCAGCAAGCUCCCAGAGUUUAAAAGGGCGGAUAUCUCCAAUGCGCUGGCUUCUCCCCAUCAUCGGAUUCGCGUCGCUGUCAGCUGCAAUCCCCAGCCCACAGUACUCUUCGUCCACACACUCGCACGCCAAAAGAUGGGGAGAUCUAGUCCAACGACACUCUUGGCCAGCAGUCCCUAAAGGCUGGAAGUUUCAUUCAGAUGUUCCAGAGGAUUAUAAAAUGACACUGCGUAUCGGCCUGAAGCAGCAUAGAUUUGAUGCGCUAGCAAAUACACUGUUUCAAAUUAGCGAUCCGUCACAUACGAGGUAUGGGGCUCAUCUAUCCAAGUCCCAAGUGGAAUCGCUUGUUGCACCCCACGCGACAUCUGUGUCCAUCAUCGAUGACUGGCUUCGAGGACAUGGGAUCGAUUUGUCUGACAGCAAUUCAGUUUCUCGGUCCAGUGGUGGUGAUUGGAUUACCGUCGAGGUCACCAUGCCACAAGUCGAAGAGAUGUUGAAUGCCAAAUACGGCGUUUAUUCAUACGGACUGGACUCAGACUCGAAGGAUGCGUCAAGUUCGAACAGGGACUACGUGGUCAGGACGCUCGCCUACUCACUGCCACAAGCGGUGCACGACCAUAUCACUGUGAUAUCACCGACUACCUACUUCGGCACAUGGAGGUCCAUGCGAGCUACAUCUUUCGUCGAUACUACCGAAGUUUUGGCAGACGUUGACCAGAACAAGUUGGCAGUCGUUACGCAUGAUGGCGUUGAUAUCCCAGUCGAUUGCAUAACCAACAUGACACCCGACUGUUUGCGCCGACUGUAUAACAUUUGGUACAAGCCACAGGCUACACAUCUCAAUAAGCUGGGGAUCGUGGGCUAUUUAGGCGAAUUCGGGAACAGGGCGGAUCUGCAGAUAUUCUACGAGAGAUAUAUGCCCUCCGCGCUGGGGACGUCCUACAAUACCACUUUGGUUAAUGGGGGUGGCGAUGACCAAUCGAAACCCGGGAGAGAAGCUAAUCUAGAUAUUCAAUACGCCGUCUCCAUCUCGUACCCGACGCCCAACAUUUACUACUCCGUCGGCGGUUCCCCGCCAUUCAUUCCAGAUAGUCGGACGGUGAAGAACACGAACGAACCCUACCUCGAAUGGCUACACUGGAUUUUAGCGUUAAAAGAUGAAGAGAUACCGAAGACGAUCACUACGUCCUAUGGAGACGAUGAGCAAACGGUGCCUUAUGACUACCAGAUCACCGUGUGUAAUCUAUUUGCACAACUCGGCGCUCGAGGUGUCUCCAUCCUGUUCUCUAGCGGCGACGUCGGCGUUGGUGGUGGCGAUUGCAUGACGAAUGAUGGGUCAAAUAAGAAGAGGUUCCAGCCUGGCUUCCCCGGGACGUGUCCGUUCGUGACUACCGUCGGUAGCACGACACAUAUCCCAGAAAGAGUCGUAAACUUCAGUUCCGGAGGAUUCUCAAACACAUUCCCUCGACCUUCCUACCAGGAUGCAGCCGUCUCGACAUACCUUCAGGCUAUUGGCGGCAUGUAUUCUGGAUUGUAUAACGCGUCCGGUAGAGGUGUCCCCGAUAUAGCAGCUCAAGGAACCCGGUUCAAAGUGAUCUUGGGUGGGGAGACAAAGGCGAUUGGCGGAACAAGUGCUAGCACCCCUGUCGUCGCGGCCAUGAUUGCGUUGAUCAAUGACUAUCGACUCGCAAACAAGAAGCCUACCCUGGGUUUCUUGAACCCAAUGCUGUACUCAGAGAAUGUGACGAGAGUUCUUAACGAUGUUACUGAAGGGUCCAAUCCGGGAUGUGGAACGACCGGCUUCCCAGCGAGGGAAGGAUGGGACCCCGCUACGGGACUGGGUACGCCGGAUUUCUUGAGGCUACUUGCCACCCUGGGAUGA